UCACGUGACGACAGUGAGGGUCCUGGAUAGGUGGGCGGGUUUAGUGCUAUUCUGGAAAUCAUUUUGCGUAGCGCAUCUGUAUCGGCAAAAACACACCGCUGUGAUGUGCGGGCUCCCGCAAUGUGUCAGCCAAAUACAGUGAUAAAUCCUCACACGCUAUAGUUUAUCUAUCCGGUGUUCGUCCAAACUAUUGAAGCUGGAAAUCUUCCUUAGAUUGAAAACUUAAACAGAAUGGGUGUACACAGUUUGUGCUGCUAACGACUGCACUAUUAGUCUCCAUAUAUAACCCAUCAAAAAGUAGCCUAAGAGUCAGAGAGUUUACUGGAUCAGGUGAGAGCAUGGCACAGGUAGAGGAGCCUCAAACUGAAGGAGAGGGCAGCCCCCAGAUGAUCUCCUUAAGGUCAGACGUAUCAGGGAACCAUGUGGACGAUGGAGAAGUGGGACCCUCCAUAAGGAGGAAGAGGAGGAAGAAGAAAGACCCGCGUCCAGAGUCUAUUAUUGUCUACCGCUCUGAAAUGGAGAGGGCCCCUGGAGAGGACCAAGGCGGUGAGGAGGGAGCAGAGAGGAGCGCAGAGGAGGGAGCUAAAUUCCUCUGCACACCUACAGGCGAAGGGGGAGGCUGGAGCCUUCCUCCAGACAGCCGCUACGUGACCCUGACAGGCACCAUCACCCGAGGAAAGAAGAAGGGUCAGGUGGUGGACAUUCACCUUACUUUGACAGAGAAGGAACUCAGGGAUCUGGCUAAGUCAAGGGAACGUCUUGAUGCAGAGUGUGAGGCAGGGGAAGGCUCUAAACGGACCUGCAGCUUAGGUGUGUGCCAGGGACCCCAUGUCGUCCUGUGGAGCAUCUCCUGUGCCCCUGUGGUUUUCCUCCUCUCCUUCAUCACCUCCUUCUACUACGGCACUCUCACUUGGUACAAUGUCUUCCUGGUGUACAAUGAGGAGCGGACGUUCUGGCACAAGAUUACAAUAUGCCCCUUCCUCAUCAUCUUCUACCCCAUGCUCAUCAUGCCCAUGGCGCUGUCUCUGGCUCUGUACUCCGCUGUGGUGCAGGUGUCCUGGGCCUUCAGCGAGUGGUGGCAGGCUGUGAGAGACCUGGAGAAAGGCUUCUGCGGCUGGGCCUGUGGGAAGCUGGGACUGGAGGACUGUUCCCCCUAUAGCAUAGUAGAGCUGCUUGACUCUGAUACUGUUUCUGGCACUCUGCAGAGCAAGGCCCCCAGUGAACUCGCCCAGACAUCAUCAGUGUGAAGUAUGGGAAGUUAACUUAUCAAUCAACUUAUCAAUCACUGCCUGAAUUGUCCUGAAAUGCUGAACUAUUAUCCAGAUCUCUAUAAAUUAUUCCUCUGAACCUUGGAGUGGUAAUUUUGGCUCCACUAACUGAAUCCUACUCAAAGACCUUUUGAUACAUGUGGGUGCCUCCUAUAGUAAAGUUUAGAUACACUGGCUGUGGACACUGACACACACAUUGUUGAAGGAAGUCAAACCAAGUUUCACUUUGUCUGUAAAUAUCUGUAAUUAAAUGUAUGUGAUCACUGUGCUGUGCACGGACACAAAAAACAGCAUUCAUUUCAAAAGGCAACGCUGUUUUGUAUGUGAAGUCAUCUUAAUCACUCAGUGAAGUUGUAUUUGAAGCAAGGCUGGAUUACCAACUGGAGAAAGUGGGCAACUGCCCCAAGGGCCCCAGAUACAGGUUAAUUGUGUGUCAAUUACUUUGAGGAAAUUAGCUUAAUUACUAAUUUUAAUGGGAAUAUGCACCAUUGAGCAUAACAUUGACUAAAACAAUAAGCACCGUAAGAUCGACAAUGUCUUGUCAGCAAGGGGUUCUGUGUCAGCAUCAGGUUUUUAAAGGAUAAAGCUGGCUUCACUUUAUAUUUUUCUUAUUGUCAACAAAUUAUGAAAAGACCAAAACCAACAGUGUGUUAGUCUGUCUCAUAAAAUUCUGACCUCCCUAUCCUGUCUGUGGCACUCAACCCCAAACCCGAUGGUUCCUGCUGAAGACGUAAAUCUUUGAAAAAUAGGAGGAGUUAACAGGAGUAAAUAGUACAUCUGUGGGGACUAUUUUCAGUUGCGGAUUAACACAUUUAUUACAUUUGGUGCUACAGUGACUAUUUUUCAACAUGUAUCUGGGAUUGACUUAAAAUAAACUCAAGUGUAUGUGUUCAUGGUAAUGAAGGAACAUGUCACCAUGGAAUAAGUUACUUCAGGCUUUGGAUACAUAGGAAAUACUUGUUAGAAGGGUUAAUCCAGUGUUGAUUUUGGUCUUUUCAUAGGUUUUGUUGACAAUAAGAAAAAUAUAGAAUAUUAGCCUUUAAUAUCUGUAUUGUAUUUGCUAUUGUGUUUACAUGGUGCAUAUUCCUAAAAGGAUUUGUGUUUUAUCAAGAAGUAGUCUAGGCUAAUUAUAAUUAAGCUGCCAUGUGUAGUCUGCUGUGUGCUCUGUACUUGAUGUGUGUACAUGUAGGUGACAGAGUACAUGAACAAUGUACAGAGAGAGGGAGGGUUCAAUAUGGGCCCAUAGCUCAUUUUUGCCCCAGGGCCCCCUAGCAGGUUAAUCCAGCCAUGAUGUGAAGCCAUAGCCUUUGGUGAAUUUCUGUUUUAUCAUUGUCACGUAAGACAUGUUUAAUGCACCAUCAACACAGAUGUUUGUGAUCUUACUCUCUAAAUCUCUGCUUGUGUUGUCUUUGCAUUUUUGGUCCACACACGAGUAAAAUGAUGUUCUCUGUCAUUUUCCACCUGGGCACUCCUGUUACAUUUCCAUACAGUCGUAUUUUUAAUGUUGAUUUAAUUUAUUUUGAAUAUUUAAGUCUAGUACACUGCCUGAAAUUGUUGUAGCUAGGUGUUUUAUACUCUGGCACUUUGAAGUAAAUGUAUUGCAAACAGCUUUCAUUAAUGACUGAAAUACAUAGCGGAUGGGGUUGGUGUUUUAUAUUUUUGUUGAUUCAAAUGUUUAUGAUUAGACGUAAUUCAGUUUUAUUUUCAUACAGGUAAGGAAAUGGAUCAAUGAUGGUGGAUUGAGUCUGUAUUCCACAUUACAUGUUGUGAAACCACAGGAUGCAAAGUAAAGAAUCAUACAAAUGAAAAUACAGUGUUAAAUCAUUACAUCGCAACUAUGUGUUCAUUUUACAUCUAUAUUGUGGAAGAGAAAACAGCAUCUUGUUUCGUGUUAUUAAAGAGCAAUGCACAGCA